AUGAGCGGUCCCGGUGCCGGUUUCGAAUACCCCGCAGCGGAAGUCUCAUGGCUGAAGCGAGAUGUUCUCUUGUUCGCAAACAGCAUUGGAUGCACUGCCGAUGAGCUACAUUUCCUUUAUCAUUUCUAUCCCCAAUGUCCCGGUCAACGGCUCAUCCAGUUCCUCAAGCCCCUUCCGCCAACAUCCGCUGGUAAACGAUUCGAACUCCGUAGCAAAGUGAUAGGGGUCUACGACAAGGGCAAAGUGGGAAGCGUGGUGGAGACCGAGCAGUUGCUGGUGGAGAAGAAGGGAGGAAAUGAGGAAGACGUCUACGCACGGAUGGUGGGCAGUGCAGUCUUCAUUGGGCAAGGAAACUGGGGUGGGCCAAAGGGACCGAGUACGGCAGCGUUCCCCCCACCAGAAGGGAAGCCGGAAGGAGCGUUUGAGUUGAAGCUGAGCAAUGAAGCGGCAUUGCUGUAUAGGCUCAACGGGGACUAUAAUCCUCUCCAUGCAACUCCCGAACCAGGCCAGAAGAUGGGAUUUGGUGGAGCCAUCAUGCACGGUCUUUUCAGUUGGAACGCUACCUGCCAUGGGCUGCUUAAGGAACUCGGUGGUAGCAAUCCCGCCAAUAUCAAAGAGUUUCAAGCCAGAUUCGCAAGUCCAGUCAAGCCGGGAGAUAAGCUACUCACAGAAAUGUGGAGGACUGGCGAGAAGAAGGACGGCUGGGAAGAGAUAAGAUUUCUAACCAGAGUCGAAGGUGGCAAGGUGUGUGUGAGUAAUGGAAGAGCAAUGAUGAAAUGCGUGGAAGGAGGGACGAAAAGUAAAUUGUAA